GGCCGGAUGGGGUCCAGCUUAGUGCCCUGGGCUCCCCGCCGAUGCCCUAUCCAGGCUGGGUGUUCCCAGCAUCUUGGGACCUAAAUUUGCGUGAGCUGCGGUGCUUCGCAGGCCCGGAGGGUCCCUUCGGCAGGCCCACGGUGCCCCCGUUUUGCAUCAGGACCCCCCCUCGGAUGCUCUGAGCCACCCUCCUCAACCCGGAUCUAAAACCCGGGACACAGCUAUCAGGCCAGCCUCUCUCUCCACCCCACCCCCUCUUUCUGGCGUCCAUCCCCUCCCCAACUCCACCUCUGCUGCUGCCUGUGGCUGUGGACCUGCACCUCUUCCCCAUCCCCGACAGGCCUGGGGAGCGGGGAGAGCCUGGAUGAGAGCUCCCCCAGCCUGGGGCUCUCCCAGGCCAUGGCCCGAGUGCUCCCAGGGAGGAGCCCCGGACCCUGAGCAUCUGCUGGAGGCUUGGCAGAGGCCCCGCGGGGACCGUGUCUUCUGAGGACAAAAGGCGGCGGCCAGCAGGCAGACAGGGAGGGGGAAGGGGGGGGACCGGCAGCCAGGCGGGCAGACGGGUAGCAGGGGCCAGUGCUGGCCCCCCUCCCAGCUUGGCGGUGGCAUGAAGAUGGGGGUGGGAGUGUGUAGUUGGGGAAGCACCUGCCCAGACUCCCACCUGCCAGCUAGCUGGGCACCCCAAGGCUGUGUGUUGCCCACCUGGUGUUCCCCAACACCCCCAGCCCUUCCCAGUGCACUCCUCCAGUGCCUGCUUCCCUUGAUGUCUGCAAUUUAGACCAGCCCGGCUGUAUCCACGGCAACAGAAGCAGGAGUGUCACUGGCUGCCAGAUCACUGAGGGUCCCACAAUGUGGCCUGGGCUGUGAUUUAUCCGAGUGAGACAGCUUGAGCCCCCUCCCUGGAUUCCAAGACAGCCCUGCUGAGAGAGCCUAGGUAGCACAGACUUUUGCUCACUCACCAUGGAAGAUACUGCUGUGAUUUCCAGCUAGGGGGAGGAAGCCACUGUAGAGCUAAAAGGAAGGCUAAGGUGUGUGUGUGUGCAUAUUUACACACACCCAGCUAUUGGCUGGUCUGCAGUUCUGUGGGAGCUAUGAGGCCUUGAGGGGCCAAAGGGGCCCACCAACUCCGUUUCUCUCAAGCCCCUGCCCUCGUACCCUCUUCUGGCCCACUGGCACCGGCUGUGAGACUUUGGUAUGCCAUCAAAAAAGCCUGGCCCCAAGUGGCUGUGGCAGACCAGGUUGGAUUGAGCUGGGAAACAGUACAGAGGGGAGCCGUUUUCCUGGGAGGGAGGGAGGGGGUAGAAAGACAUCCAACCUCAAGCCCAUCCCAGCCCCAGCAGCAGUUCUGAGCUUCUCCAGCUUCUGCCUUGCUGCCUCUCCUGGGGGACCUGCCCUGCUACCUUAUCACACCCCACACCCAGCCCGCAUAUGCUAGGAGCUUUCCUGCUUCCCCCCAAGUUUUGCCUGUGCUGUCCCAUUCACGCACUGCCCAGACAGCUCUCUCAGCAAAUCCUGCCUGGACAGCUCCAGGCAGCCCUCCAUGAGCCACCAGCCCUUCUAGUCAUCAACCAGUUGAUCUGCCAGCUUUUGACUGAGGGCCUACCAUGGGCUGUACACUGCCCUUCUAGAGGAGAGUGUGUGAGUCUAUAAUCCCUACCCUCGUGGAGCUUUCCUUCUAAUAGGGAGAGGCAGGCAAUAAACCAAAAUUUAAAAGUAAAUAUUUUAUACUAACUAUAAAUGGAGUGUAACCUUUAAAAUUGUGGAUCACUGUAUUGUCUAUCUGUAACAUAUAAUACUGUACAUCAACUAUAUGUCAAUAUAAAUAAACUAUUAAAAAGUAAAUUAUAUAGUGCAUUAGAAGAGAGAAAUUCUAGGAAGAGAAAUAAAGCAUGGCAGGGGGCACAGGGGUGCUGUUAUUCCUUACCUGAGUUACUGCAGGAGCCUCCUAAAUAGUCUUCCCUACUUCCACCUUUGCCUCGUGUGAUCUGUGCUCCUCAUAGCAGCAAGCAGGAUCCCAUUCAAUCCUGAGUCAUAUCACAUCUCGCCUCUGUUCAAAACCCUCCCACAGCUCCCAUCUCGCUCAGUGUAAAAGUCACAGUCCUCACCAUGGCCUAUGUGAUCUGGCCUCACCACCUUUUUGACCUCACCUCCCACCACUUUUCCCUCACCCACUCCAUUCCACCUACCUCCCUGUUCUUCUUCAAAUGCACCACAUGCAGUCUCACCUCAGGGCCUUUGCUCUGGACUGUUCCUUCUGCCUGGACUUCUCUUCCCCCAGAUAUCCACAUGACUCACUCUCUCACCUCCUUCAUGUCUUUGCUCAGAUGGCACCUCCUCCAUGAAGCCUUCCCUGUCCACUUCAUCUAAAACUGUACUUCCCCCACCCCUAGCACUUCCUUUAUUUUUAUUUUUACAAACUUAUCAUCUGACCUACUAUACUUCACUUGUGUAUCUUCUUUAUUAUCUAGAAUGUCAGUUUCACAAGGGCUGGGAUCUUUGUCUGUUUGUUUCACAGCUUUGUCUUCAGUGCCUGGCAUGCAGUAGAUGCUCAAUAAACAGUUUUUCAACAAAUGAAUACACACAAGCAUACCUACAUCUUUAUAUUCACACAUACUCUCCACCUCACUUAAAGUAAAAACCCAAAUCCUUGUCAUGGCCCACAGCCCUGCAUGAUCUGGCCCCAGACCCCUCUGUGAAUACACUUUCCAGUGUCUCUCUUGCCCGCCCUGUUCCAACCCCGUUGGUCUUCCCACUGUUCCACAUUCUUGGUUAUGAAUGAAGAAACCUAUUUAAUGAGUGGCUACCAUCAUUAACCAAAAAAACUGUGAAUUAGAAUAGAAACGAAUGAGGUACAUUACACAUAGGAUCUGUAUUGUUUUGUAAAACUUUUGCUUCAACUCUAUGUGCACAUGCGUGUAUGUGUACCAGGUUGCGAUGUAAAAUGUAUUUCUUACUAUGGGUGGCAGUUUUAAAAGUUUGAAGAACACCACCUUUGGGCUUUGUAAAGGGAGAGAAGAGCUGCACCAAUAUCCCUAUCCCACAGACCCAUCAAUGGGGGAAACAGGUAACUGAAGACAUACAGAGAGACAAAGCUCCCCUCACCCAGCAAGGAGGGAGGAGGAGCAGCAGUGGGCCAGGGGCAGGACCUGACACCAGCCGGGGAGAAAGUGGGGAGGCUGUGUAGACACACUAACACUGCCCUUUCUGUUUCUUCCUCACCUUUCCUUUCCACCUGUUUCUCACUGUCUCUUUUUCUUGUGUUUCUCUCUCCCUCCCUCCCUCCCUAUGCCCUCCUUCCUUACUCCUGCUCUUUCUCUCUGGUUCUGUCUCUCUCCCUAUCUCUUCUCACUCUUUCUCAUCCCCUCCAUUUCUGUCUCAAUUUGUGUCCAUUUUCUACCUCUUGGUUCUGUCCCUUCUCACUCUCUGUGCCCAUGUGUGUGUGUUUUCUAUCUCUCUCCUGCCCUCAUAUCUCUGUCUGUCUGUGUCUGUGUCUCCCCCAUUAUCCUCAUUUGCAGGUGCAGCCCAGCAGCACAACUGAUGGAGUCCCCUGGGGCCCAUCGAGUACCGGACUGGCUGACCCCGUAGGGUUGGGAGCAGCCCCUGCCCCUCAGUAUGGCCAACACCACUGGAGAGCCCGAGGAGGUGAGCGGUGCACUCUCCCCACCAUCAGCAUCGGCUUACGUGAAGCUGGUGCUGCUGGGACUGAUCAUGUGCGUGAGCCUAGCAGGCAACGCCAUCUUGUCCCUGCUGGUGCUCAAGGAGCGUGCCCUGCACAAGGCUCCUUACUACUUUCUGCUGGACCUGUGCCUGGCUGACGGCAUACGCUCUGCCGUCUGCUUCCCCUUUGUGCUGGCUUCCGUGCGCCACGGCUCCUCAUGGACCUUCAGUGCGCUCAGCUGCAAGAUUGUGGCCUUUAUGGCUGUGCUCUUUUGCUUCCAUGCGGCCUUCAUGCUGUUCUGCAUCAGCGUCACACGCUACAUGGCCAUUGCCCACCACCGCUUCUACGCCAAGCGCAUGACACUCUGGACAUGUGCAGCUGUCAUCUGCAUGGCCUGGACCCUGUCUGUGGCCAUGGCCUUCCCACCUGUCUUCGACGUGGGUACCUACAAGUUCAUCCGUGAGGAGGACCAGUGCAUCUUUGAGCAUCGCUACUUCAAGGCCAAUGACACACUGGGCUUCAUGCUUAUGUUGGCUGUGCUCAUGGCAGCCACACAUGCUGUCUAUGGCAAGCUGCUCCUCUUCGAGUAUCGUCACCGCAAGAUGAAGCCCGUGCAGAUGGUGCCAGCCAUCAGCCAGAACUGGACAUUCCAUGGCCCUGGGGCCACCGGCCAAGCUGCUGCCAACUGGAUCGCUGGCUUUGGCCGCGGGCCCAUGCCACCAACCCUUCUGGGUAUCCGGCAGAAUGGGCACGCAGCCAGCCGGCGGCUGCUGGGCAUGGACGAGGUCAAGGGUGAAAAGCAGCUGGGCCGUAUGUUCUAUGCGAUCACACUGCUCUUCCUGCUCCUCUGGUCACCCUACAUCGUGGCCUGCUACUGGCGAGUGUUUGUGAAAGCCUGCACCGUGCCCCACCGUUACCUGGCCACCGCUGUUUGGAUGAGUUUCGCCCAGGCUGCUGUCAACCCGAUCGUCUGCUUCCUGCUCAACAAGGACCUCAAGAAGUGCCUGAGGACUCACGCCCCCUGCUGGGGCACAGGAGGUGCCCCAGCUCCUAGAGAACCCUACUGUGUCAUGUGAAGCAGGCUGGUAGGCAGACAGGCAGGAAGAAAGUCAUGGCCACCAUGAUGGGGGCCAACAAAAGGGGAGAGAUGGGGCUCCAUACAGGAGCCUUUCUUUCUGAGCUCCAGCCCCAGCCCCUCGAACCACCUGGAAUCUAAGCACCUUUGCCAACACUUCCCCAGGAUUGGGGACUGGGAAAGAGGCAUUUCUAGUCCUGUGGGGCCUGUCUCCGCUGCCUCCUCCUCCACUUCUACAAUCUCUCUCUCUCUCUCAGAAAUGACAAUUCAGAAAAAAAAAACUGAAAAUGCAGGUUUUUCUACUCACAGCUGAGGAGACAGGCUUUCUUGCUUUAAUGUCUCUCCUCUGACAUUGUCCAGAAGGGGGAAAUUUGUCCUGUAAAAUAGACUUCCAGAGCUCUUAUUGUCCCCUCGCUCCCAUGCACCCUCCCCUUCCAAGUCCUUUAGCAAGGCCUGGGUGUUUAGGGAGAAAUUGAUGUGCUGACAAGAGGGACCGAAGGGGGUGCUGGGUCCCCAGGGAGUAAGGAAUGUUUAAUUGCUAUGUUAUGUGCAAUGUUGUUUUAGGCUAACCCCAGUCCCAAGCCCAGUCUUUUCCCCAUCCCCACCAUGUCCAGACCUCCCAAGUGUUUCCUGAGCAUCUAUUUGAGAAGCCAGGAGGGGAGGGAGAAGGGCCUCUGGGAUGGGCUCAGGUUAGGUGAAGAGCAGGAUGUGAGCUACACGCCUUGAGCUGAAGAGACCCAGCUUGGCUGCAUUCUCUCAAGCUGCUUCCUGGAUCCCCGUCCCUCAACUCUUCUUCCUGAGGAUGGAAACCCACUCCAACCCCACCAGGGUCGAUGUGGGUGCCAUACAGGCAGGAGCAACUCCCCCCCACCCAGGGAAGUGUAGAGGGAAAGUCAAACUCCCCAGAAUGGCUGGAUCCCAAAGCCUGGGGUCAGAGAGGAAUUCAACCCCAGAAUUGCCUCCUGAGUUCAUAUUACUCACCUGAAGAUGAAAAUUCUUUGAGGGCCUUGGUAAGUCAUAGUGGUAUAAGCUCUAAGGCACUGUGGACUUGAGUCCAUUCCUCUCUGACCUCUUUUUGUCCGUCUCAAGCCCCUCUGUGGUAACCCUUGGCCUUCUGGGCCCUCAGCCCCCAACUUCCUUGCACUGAACAGCCCUUCCCUUCUUCCUCCCUCCAUCAUUACUUCCACCCCAAGUGGAGCCAACUGCAGCCAGAUUCCCCAGGUGAGAGAUCCCAAACCUCCUUCCCAGGGCAGAGUCCACUGUGGGCUCAUAUUAAGUCUUAUGGAUUGGUGAGCCAAGCUGGCAUUCUUUGCCUGGUCUUGCCCAAGCUCUCUGUCCCCCUCUCAUCUCCUGGGAGAGAGGGAUAUCAGUAUUUAUCCACCCCCUUUCCCUUCCCUACAGAAGCCCUUGUCCUAUAUUCUGUCCCUACUCAAAGACAGCUCAGAACUGGGCAAGCCUUGACCCAAGAGGAGUGGAGAAGGCACUCUACACAGGAGAGACAUUAAUGAGCCUGGCUAUGGAGUGGCCCUGGAAAGGCAGGCCAGAGUGGCUGAGAAGCUGGGGGUGGGGGGUACCUGUUCUCUCAGUGAUAGUGAUGGGGGUGC